GACAAUGGCCAACGAUGACAAUGACAACAAUGACAAUGAUGACACCAUUGACGAUGACAAUAACCAACAAUGCCCAACGAUGACAAUGCCCAACGAUGACAAUGAUGACACCGAUGAUGAUGACACCGAUGAUGAUGACAAUGACCAACAAUGCCCAACGAUGACAAUGCCCAGUGAUGACAAUGACAAUGACACCGAUGACGAUGACCAACAAUGCCCAACGAUGACAAUGACCAACGAUUGCAAUGACGACACCGAUGACAACGACACCGAUGACGAUGCCCAACGAUGA